AUGACACAGCAGCCGACGGCUUGGGUGGCAAGGCGGACCCCGCGCGCCCGGUCAAGGGCAGGAGCCGCGCCGCAGAGCUGGCGCUGGAGGGCGGCGGGCCCAGAGCCGGUGGCGGUGGACACGAGGAAGCCCAUGUGGCACGGGAGGUGCGCCCUGCUCGGCCUCGCGGCCCUGGAGGCCGUGCGGCUGUGCGCCUGGCUGCAGAGCGAGGGCACCUCCCCGGGAUUCUCCAUGGUGUUCGGCAUGCACUUCCUGACCACGGCCUCUGACAUCGCCUGCGUCGUUUUUGCGCUCCCGCUCUUCGUUGCAGGAACCGCCGGCUCCUGCGUGAGGCUGGAGUGCCUCGGGCCGAUGCUCACGCUGGUGUUCGCGAUGUGCUCGGUGGACGCGGGCGCGCUCGCCGCGUACCUCAUCGUCGCCACGCCCAGGCCAGUGUCCCCGGGCUCCCUGCGGGACUCGUGGUGGGUGCGGUCCCUGGACGCGCUGGAGGCCAACCUGGGUGUCUGGGAGUUCGCGCUGGUGGCCUCCGUUGCGCUGCAGGUGGCCCUGUGCAUCUCCUGCUGGCGCAUCUACAGGGAGCUCCGCCUGGCGGGGCUGUACCCCCCGGGCCAAGACGUCGGGCGUGCGAGGGCCAAGGACGUCUCGCUCCUCGAGGUGCUCUGCGAGGCAGAAGACGUGGCGCUGCUGAGCGAGUGCAGGAUGGGCGGCUGCUGCCAGGCGGAGUCGGCGGCCACGCUCGAGGUCGCGGCGACUGCCGAGGAGCCGCACUGA